GAGCACGCCGGAGAAGGAUGACGCCGCACGAGCUUCAGGUGCGGCGUGUGUGGCUCCACGCUCUGUCAGCCAGGUCGGAAGAGGGUGCGUGCCGCUGGGAGCCGGCCGCUGUCCGCCGAGGCGGCAUGGAGCUGACCGGGCCGGGCGGCUGAAGCCGGGGAGCGCGGCCGCUGUGGAGAACGCCCGCCCCCCGGAGGCGUCGUUGUCCGUGACCGCUGAGAGGUGGGCGCCGGGGCUGCGAUGGGGCUGCGGUGGCCGCCGACCUGGGCCGCGCCGCUGCUGCUGCUGCUGGUGCUCGGGUCGGUCCCCGGAGCCAGCUUGCAGGAGGAUGCCACGGACUGGAGGGCCACGCUCAAGACGAUCCGCAACGGCGUGCACCGCAUAGACACGUACCUGAACGCGGCCUUGGACCUGCUGGGCGGCGAGGAUGGGCUGUGCCAGUACAAGUGUGCCGACGGAUCUAAGCCUGUCCCUCGCUAUGGCUAUAAACCUUCACCUCCAAAUGGAUGUGGCUCUCCAGUGUUUGGUGUUCAUCUUAACAUCGGCAUCCCUUCGGUAACAAAGUGCUGCAAUCAUCACGACAGAUGCUAUGAGACCUGUGGCAGCACCAAGAAUGACUGUGACGAGCAGUUUCAUUAUUGCCUCUCCAAGAUCUGCCGAGAAGUGCGGAAAACACUGGGACUGGGACAGAAUGUGCAAGCUUGUGAAUCGGCGAUGGAGCUCUUGUUUGACGGUGUUAUACACUUAGGCUGUAAGCCCUACCUGGACAGCCAGAGGGCUGCCUGUAAGUGCCGCUAUGAAGAGAAAACUGACCUUUAGAAGAGGCCUCUGACGAACAGCACCUGCAGCCAGAGAGGAGCCCGCUGCUGACAGAUCCAGGGUGCUGUGACCUGUGAAAGCGCCUACUGUUUGUCAGUGGCUUUUUUAGAGGAACCUGAAAGUUUGUUUUGCCAUUAAAACCUCAGCUAUUUGAAGAGAGGCUGCUUGGUCUGGUAGAAAGAGCCAGGAGGUGCUGGGCUUGGUGGCUGUGGGGCUGUGGGCGGGUUAUUUCUGACCUGCUCUGUGGCUGCGGGCAAGUUGUAACUUCUGAGCCUUGAUGUCCUCACCUGUCAGUGAGGAUGAUAUUUAUAGUGCCUUCUUCACGAGCUGUUUGUGAGGAAUGUGCUUUGUGAACCCUUCAAGCACUAUGGAAAUGUGAGUUAUUUUCACGCAUACACCCUCACAUUUGAAACAACCUCUUAUAAAAAUUGCGCUGUCAUGUAUAUUACCGUUUUGCCUUGUUGUGCCAAACUACUGUGACUGAAGGUGAGACAGAUCAUGUAGGAACUUUGAAAAGACAGAAGCAGGUAACUGCAGAAUUCCUGUGAAACUAUAUCCCUCUCCCCCUUGAAAAAGGAGGUCAAAUUUAAAAGUUCAAUGUAAUUUAGGCUGAUAAGAAAGGAGAGAAACCUUACUUUGGAAGAAGAUUAGUUUACUAUAAAACCUUAAUUGCACUUUGAUGCUUUGAAGGAUCUAAAUGUAUUGUUUUUCUUUCAUUAAAUGUUACGUCAUCUGUUCCCUUUUGCAAUAAAUUUAGUAUAUUAACCAAACCAUGCCAUAGUAAGAGUACAUUUAGGCUCAGGGACAGGGUUUUUGUGUAUCCAGUGCAUAUCUGCUUCUCUUGUGAGAUUGAAAGUGUAAACAGGUACACCUUUAGAGGACAGUAACUGCAAGUCUAAGCAUUAUCCACCUAAGCAAGCAUAGAAGAAUAACACUUUAUCUAACAAGAACAUGAAGCACAGCCACUCACAUCUGUUGAAUUACUUCUUUUAAGAAUAUUAAAUGUAAAUGUUUAUUUUUCUAAGCACUUUGCGUGUUGACUAGAGUUCUAGUUUGGAGAGAGAAUGGAUUCUGGUGGAUUUAAUGAUUAAGUUGCUUGUGUUAAUAUACUUACAUAAAGCCAUGUUAUAAACUUAUGUCUUGGGUUUUUGAUUCUUAUUUCUAUUAAUAUUUUUUAUCAUAAAUUCAGGCUAAUCUUAGUUUUAAUAAAAAUUUGUUUUGCCA